AUGCAUCGGAAGACCGCUUUGCUGACUACUCUUCCCAGAACUGUGACAGUUCCCUAUUAUGCUCCAUCUUGUCUAUUCUUAGAAACUGUUCUUCGAAGCAAAUCUAUUCCAUAUGAUACAGUUCAAUGCUCUCUCUAUAAUGUUCUUCCACGUGAACAUUUGUAUCCAUUGAUUGCUUCAGAUGGUUUCUUUUUCAAAAAUGUUAUGGAAGGACUCGAUUUUUUAUUAGCAAAAUAUGGAAAAUCUCUGGAUUCAGGUCUAACUCCAAAAGAACGUGCUCAAGCGUUGGCGUUGAGUGCUCUUCUCGACGAAUUGACCUGGAUGUUGGCCUAUUCACGUGGACAAGACUUCUCGUGGCUUCGUGACGAUCGGAAAAUUAUCGAGGAUUUCAGUCUGAUUCAAUUGUAUUUUUGGAGGAAUUGGAUAGUUCCACAAAUGCAGAAAAGAACGCGACGUCGAGUACGUGGAUACGGUCUAUCCGGGAAAUCGGCUGGAAAAGAAGUGACCAUUCGGACAGAGGCAAUGUUGGAGGCGUUGGCUUCACUUCUGAAUUCAAACAAGUACUUUUUCGAUGUCAACGAACCGUCGUGGCUCGAUUGUAAAGCAUUCGCGGUGUUGGUGCAAUUCAAGUACACUCCACUGCACAAUGAGGCGAGAUUGAAGCAAUUUAUGAAGGAUCGGACACCGAAUUUGAUGACAUUUGUGACGCGAAUGAAAGAGGAUUUCUGGUCGGAUUGGAUCACUGUUUCGGAUUGA